AUGAAACUGAAACGUCGAAGGUCUGAAGUGGCAGUAUGCGGAAUUGGCGACUCGAGUACAAGGGUAAAACAAACAGCAAACACCACCAUCAAGUCUCGAGUAACAGACUUCACGCGUAGAAUGGAAUUUCUACUGUUGCCUGAAGUGACGGCCAACCUCCCCAUAACAAAUGUGAAUUUAGCUGGAUGGAAAAUUCCGACUGGUGUCGAACUAGCGGAUACAGCAUUUUUCGUAUCCAAGGCAGUAGACUUGGUGCUAGGCAUACAGCAUUUCUUUUCAUUUUUUAACACCGGAAAUGAGGUUCGGCUGGGAGAAAAUCUACCGAUGCUGACGGAGUCAGUUAUUGGAUGGGUAGUUUCCGGUGCGGUGGAUAAUUUCCAACAUAGUUCGGUUACUUCUUGCAAUAUGGCGGUUGGUUUGGAAGAGUUAUUGAGUCGGUUUUGGUCCUGUGAGGAGAUUGGUCCUCCCACAAAUUAUUCUCCGGAAGAGUUACGCUGCGAGGAGCAGUUUGCUCAAACUGUGGAACGAGGAUCCGAUGGUCAGUACACAGCCUCCCUACCCAAGGUUGAAGGCGCAUUGGCAAAGAUUGGUGAGUCAAGGGACAUCGCAUUUCGGCGACUGCAAGGAUUAGAACGUAGGUUACUGAAGGACGUAGAGCUGCGGCAGCAAUACGAUCAGUUUAUGGAGAAUACCUACAACUGGGACAUAUGCGUAAGGCGGAAACGCGUUCCCUAG